GCUUUGUUUGCGCUAUCAUACGCUAGUUCUGCUCGAUACUGCUUGUUUCCAAUCAUGGCACAGGGAACCUAAACAACCUGACGGUAAACUGUAGCAUCUGAACGCUUCAGUAAGCUCAAAGCACAGACUGUUACAACAAGUAUAACAGCUACGUGAACAGCAUAUCAUCAGUUGCCACUACAUACAUUGCAUGCUAUACCCACUUCAGUGCAAUUGUAGGUGUCGUCAACACAGCUUGCCUUUCCCCGUACCCUCGUUCUAUGGACGCAUCGACUACUCACUCAGCAUAAGUCUGAUAUACUUCUACACUCAUCAGCUCUACGCAGCCGAAUUCGAAAUUGUACCAUACCCAACCUGCUUCUUCCCUCACAUCCUUCGAGAAAACAGCCACUGCUUACCAUCUUCCAUCGUCGACCAAUCAGAUGCUUCGAAUAAUGCAACACAGUGCAAGCUACAAAGCACUGUCAAUCAAAAUCACAUCCCUGAUCCUCAUAUCCUAAACUGCAUCCAUAUUCGUACUGUACAUACCGCGAUGCUACGAUCGGAGAUCCCACUCCCGCCAGCCGAGGAUUUCCGGCCCCUCGCCCUCCCCCAAGAAUGAGGGGGGCAGCAUUCCACGCAUGGUGCCCCUUACUUAUCCGCAACAACCCCCUGUCCAGAGAAACCCACAAAUAUAUAGAUGUCGUGUCUAUAACCUCGCACUUUUCCCACACUAUGUACAAAAUCUCAUACUCAUAUUACAUUCUCC